CGUUAAAAAGAGAUGGAGCGGGACAUGGGAAGAUAGCAAGCCAGCCAGACAUAAAGAGAUAACGGAUAUGAAAAAGCCCAGUUUCCUCUGAAACACUCAACACGCACUAAGGCUGUGAGUACAUUUGGAAACAGUCGCUUCUGAUUGGACCAUUUGAAGUCCUUGCCGGGUUUCUCUCUCUCUGAGCUCUCGUGAACUUAAGUGUACGAUUCAUGUCCUGCUGUCUUCCGAGAAGCAGGGAAUGUUUACGAGUGUUUAGUUACUGUCUAGAAGUGUUUAUGGCUCGUGCAUGAGUUCUUCCAAUUCACUAGAAACGCCUACUUUUGUUAGGUAACUGCUGGAACGAAUAUCUAGGUUUGAACUUAUCCACGGGUUAUUCAUUUCCUGCUUCAAGUUAGCGAAUCAACGUGUCAAUCUUUCAGGAUAUUAUAUCCCAGAAUAUAAGAAUAAUACAAAGAAGAAAGAAUUGAAGCUGUGUCAUGCAGUGUUUAUGGGACUGAUAUUUUAUGAUUUGAAAGAAUACUGGGUCUGUUACACCGCUAAACUCAGCUAACUGUGGCCUGCGACUUUGUUUUGACGGACAGCAGUUCAACAGUCGGCAUCUGCCACUGCAGACUUUGUGUUUGUUGUCCUGCCAGCCAGUCUGACGUUCCUGUCAGUCUAUCGCAUCAGAUAUCAUCAUGUACAGGCUCAUCGCAUCUUGUCUCAUAUGUUAUCUCACGGUUCCGCGGUCCGGGGGUCAGUUGACGGCGCGUUUGGCUAACGGGACAUCGUCGGCAGGACGCCUGGAGGUGUUGUACAACGGGCAAUGGGGCACAGUGUGUGACGAUGAAUUUGGUAAAAGCGAUGGUCAGGUGGCAUGUAGGAUGCUGGGAUUUGACAGUCCAGGAGCAUUAGUUGUGGGCUCCUCUGUAUUUGGAGCAGGUUCAGGAAACAUUUUGCUCGACAACCUGGCGUGUGGGGGUACAGAAAUUAGUCUGGCACAUUGUAGGCACGGAGGGUACUAUUUGCACGACUGUGGGCACACAGAAGAUGUUGGUGUCAUCUGCAAUGUUUUAUCUAGUCAACUUCGUCUAACGGGUACUCGGCGAACAAGAGAGGAUAUGGGUCGUGUGGAAAUAUUACUUGGGGCUGCAUGGACUACUCUUUGUGUCAGUAGCUACAGCAGUAGCCUUGCAAAGGUCAUCUGCAGACAGACGAACUUUCCCUCACAAGCAUCAGCUUCUGUGGAGCCAUCAUCCUUUGGACCGAGGAAAGGACAUUUCUUUGUCGCUGGUAUUGUGUGCACGGGCAUGGAGUCCAACAUACUGGGCUGUUUCCAGACAGUUACUGGCUUCAGUGAUACCUGCUCUUCAUCUGAGCUUGGAGUAAUCUGCAGUGAUGCAAGCUCCUCUCUUUUCAUCAUUGUGGAGACAAAGUCUACCAGCACUGCCUACCCACUGAUGGAGGGAACCAAAGUUACACUGAAAUGCGUCUCCUCACAGCGAGGUCUGUCACAUCUUAACUUCUCUUGGCCAGAGACUGCAGGUGGCCGUCCUUCUGGUGAAUACCUCAUCUUUGACAAGCUGACCAGAUCACACAAUGGAGGCAGAGUGAGGUGUAUGGCCAGCUAUGGACAGCCUCCGACAAGGCAAAUUGUGACCAGUGACACAUUGACAAUGGAUGUUUAUUAUCGGCCUGUGGUUAGAAUAAAAUGGGAAGGAAACACGUGUGAACCUCUGGAGUCCAGUCCAAGUCGCUGUGUUGUCAGUCAAUACCAGCAAGUCAUUCUUUACUGUGAGGCUGACAGCAACCCUCCUCCUGCUUCUGUAAGAUGGUCUGGACCGGUUAACAAUGUCACCGGACAGUUACAAAUAUCCUCUGCACACAAGACCAAUCACAAUGGUCGAUACUUCUGUAUUGUGUCUUCUGAGUCAGUGUCCAGUGAUGGCCGUCUGCCACUAAAUUCAACAUACAGCUUUGAAGUCAUUGUAAAAUACUCAUCUCAAGUGCUGAGCUUUCAAGUCAACGAAGAGGUGCAAUGGGUUGUGACUGUUCCUGAACACUCCGGAGUGUUCAUGCGGUGUGAAGCUGAGGGGAGACCAUCACCUCACAUGACGAUUGUCCGUGACACGGGAGACAAGCGAGAGGUCGCCAGCAGACCCCGAGGUGCACUGCAGCUCACUGACCAAAGAGUAGUGUUAACAUAUAACUUGACUGCCGCACCUUACGAGGCUUCAGGUAACUACAGGUGUGUGGUGGACAACGGAGUUGGAAAAGAUAUUCAGAGCAUCAGGAAUUACGUUGUUUCAAGUCAGCUGACAGCUCGUUUGGCGAACGGGACGUGGUGGUCGGGGCGCCUGGAGGUGUUGUACGACGGGCGAUGGAAUACAGUGUGUGACGAUGACUUUGAUAAAAACGACGCUCGGGUGGCCUGUAGGAUGCUGGGAUUUGACAGUCCCGAAGCACUAUUUGUUGGCUCUAAGAUGUACGGGGCAGGUUCAGGAAACAUUUUGCUGGACGACUUGGCGUGUACGGGUACAGAAACCAGCUUGGCAAAAUGUACCCACAAAGGGUACAAUAACCACAACUGUAACCAUGGAAAAGAUGUCGGUGUCGUCUGCACCAUCCUUUCUAGUCAACUUCGUCUAGCGGGUACCCGGCGCACAAGAGAGGAUAUGGGUCGUGUGGAAAUAUUAUUUGGGGCUGCAUGGACUACUCCUUGUGUCAGUACCUUCAGCAGUAGCCUUGCAAAAGUCCUUUGCAGACAGAUGAACUUUCCCUCAAAAGCAGCAACUGCUGUGGAGCCAUCAUCCUUUGGACCGAGGACAGGUUUCCUUGUCGCUGGUAUUGUGUGCACGGGCAUGGAGUCCAACAUACUGGGCUGUUUCCAGACAGUUACGGGCUUCAAUGAUACCUGCUCUUCACCUGAGCUUGGAGUAAUCUGCAGUGAUUCAAGCUCCUCUCUUUUCAUCGUUGUGGAGACAAGCUCUACCAGCCCUGCCUACCCACUGAUGGAGGCAACCAAUGUUACACUGAAAUGCGUCUCCUCACAGCGAGGUCUGUCACAUCUUAACUUCUCUUGGCCAGAGACUGCAGGUGGCCGUCCUUCUGGUGAAUACCUCAUCUUUGACAACCUGACCAGAUCACACAAUGGAGGCAGAGUGAGGUGUAUGGCCAGCUAUGGACAGCCUCCGAGAACUCAAAUUGCUACGAGUGACACAUUGACAAUGGAUGUUUAUUAUCGGCCUGUGAUUAGAAUAAAAUGGGAAGGGAACGCGUGUGAACCUCUGGAGUCCAGUCCAAGUCGCUGUGUUGUCAGUCAAUACCAGCAAGUCAUUCUUUACUGUGAGGCUGACAGCAACCCUCCUCCUGCUUCCACAAGAUGGUCUGGACUGGUUAACAGUGUCACCGGACAGUUACAAAUAUCCUCUGCACAUAAGACCAAUCACAAUGGUCGAUACUUCUGUAUUGUGUCUUCUGAGUCUGUGUCCAGUGAUGGCCGUCUGCCUCUAAAUGCAACAUACAGCUUUGAAGUCAUUGUAAAAUACCGAGCCCACGUAUUAAACUUCCAAAUAAACGCUGAAGCCAGAACGGUUGUGACCGUUGCUGAAAACUCUAGCGUGCGCAUGCGCUGUGAAGCUGAGGGGAGGCCAUCACCUCACAUGACGAUUGUCAGUGCUUCAAACGACAAGCGAGAAAUCGCCAGCAGGCCUCGAGGUGCAGUUGAGCUUUAUGAUCAAAGUGUAGAGUUAACAUAUGACUUGACUGCAGCACCUUGCGAGGCGGCAGGUGACUACAGGUGUGAGGUGGACAACGGAGUUGGACAAGAAAGUCGUAACAUUAGGCUUUACGUUGAGUGUGCUCCUAGGAUAAAGAAUGGCGAAGAACAACCUGCAAUUCUAACUUUUGAUGUAAACCAAGGCCUUUUCAGUUUUCAACUGACAGCAUACCCAACACCUAAAGUCAAGAAAAUGCUCUACCUCGGGCAAUACACUAACGACAGCACCGAAGGGACAUCAGUCUCGGAUAAAAUUUAUGUCAAUUGUAAGGGGAACAGCUCUUUACCUGCCUCAGUCAUCUGCAACAUCACCACCAUCAACAUGACAAAACGCUGA